GUCGGCGCGUGAGAAAAACGUAAUUGAAACGUGUUGUCGCACACUGAUGACGUGCUUGGCUGUUUUCCAGCUCUAUGCCAUCGCCUCCAUUGUUCGAGGUUAUGAUGAGGGUGUAGGUAACGCGCAGUGCCCGUAUGUGCUGUUGGAAUUGUGGAUGCUGUGGACUAUUAUCGACAUAGGGUAAAGGUGCGUGUGGGCACCACCCGUCAGCACGUGGGUAGGAUGUGAUGUCGUGGCUUCCAUUUUCAUGCCCAGCUUUGAAUUUUGCAAGUGAGGUGCUUUACCCCCACUCCUCACUCUAAGGAUGUUUGAAGUCAAACCUCGGGCGGUGGAGAAGAAAGAGUCGAGCACAGAGACAGAUGAGGGGCUCGGCAGCAGCGGGAGGCACUAUGGAUCCAGCUCGGUGGGCUCAGGUUCUGUUGGUUCCGUGUACCUGUCGGACAGCCAGGACUGGGUGGUUUCUCCGAGUUGUUCCCCCGAUGAAGGCUCGGGCCAGCUCAACGCCAUCUCCCCCAUGCUGGCGGAGGAGACGUUCCGCUACAUGAAGAGAGACAGAGCUACUGAAAGUGUAGUUGAGUUCAAAGCCAGGGCCAGAGUCACGGGACAAACUGGGAGUAGGAGGAGACAGACGGUGCAGACAGGACAGACAUCGAUAGCCAUGCCGGUUUUAAACAUUCACAAUGAGGAGAUUUAUGACGACUAUGCUAUGGAAGCAUAUUUUGCUUUGGAGCCCUCUUCCUAUUCCCAUCCUGGCUCUCAAAGCCUCUCCAAAGUCCUCAGUGCCGAUCGUGUGGAGCAGAUGACAAAGACGUACAAUGACAUUGAAGUGGUCACACACCUUUUAGCUGAGCGGGACAGAGACUUGGAGCUGGCAGCUCGGAUCGGACAGUCAUUGCUGCAGAGGAACCACCUCCUUCAGGAGCGCAAUGAGGCCUUAGAGGAGCAGCUAGCGCAGGCUCUGGACCAGGUAAACCAGGUCCAACAUGAGCUCAGUAAAAAGGACGAGUUGCUGCGGGUGGUGGCCAGUGCGUCGGAGGAGAGCGAGACUGACUCCAGCGUGUCAACCCCUCUGCGGCAGCCUCAGGUGCUGGGUGCAGCCACGGCCGCCGCUGCACUCAGUCAGCUGGAGUCUCUGCAGAGCAAGCUGCAGGACCUGGAGGAGGAGAACCUGGCUCUGAGGUCUGAGGCCUGUCAACUGAAGAGAGACACCAUUACCUACGAGGAGAAGGAGCAGCAGUUGGUGAGCGACUGCGUCAAAGAGCUCCGUGAGUCCAACAGCCAGAUGGUGUCUCUGACCGAUGAACUGUCCCAAAAGAAUGAGGAACUUGUCAGACACCAGGAGGAGAUCGCUCAGCUGCUCUCCCAGAUAGUGGAGCUGCAGCACAGAGUGAAGGAGCUGGCUCUGGAGAAAGAGGAGCUGAGGAUUCACCUGCAGGCCUCCAAAGAUGCUCAAAGACAACUGACAGCAGAGCUGAACGAGCUGGCGGAGAGAAAUGCUGAGUGUGUGGAGAUGCUCCAUGAGUCACAGGAGGAGAUCAGGGAUCUUCGAAGUAAAAACACUCCCUCUGCCGGCAUGAGAAGGCACCUGUCCUACGGCCUCUACCCCAUGGACUCUCUGGCCGCAGAGAUCGAGGGCACCAUGAGGAGAGAGCUGAGUGUAGAGGAGGAAACUGCCGUUCAGGACCAAAGAAUAUCCCAGAAGCGAGUGUUCCAGACAGUUCGCUCUGUCAAUGCCUCAGCGUUACGGGCAGCUUCCGCCAGUCCUCCCAUCCCUGGCUCUGGACAAAGUUCUCUGGUGAUGACUGCGCAGCCUUUUCACUCCACCCAGGGGGAGGAGGUGCGAGUGGGCCAGCCUGGGGCUCCGGGAGGAAACGACCUCACCAGAGCCCUCCACCGCCUGUCGCUGCGUCGGCAGAACUUCCUGUGCGAGCGUCAGUUCUUCCAGGCGGAGCGGGAGAAGAAGCUGCAGACCCUGGCGGGAGCGGAGGCCGAUGGUCAGGGCAGCGGCUGCAACUCGCCCAUGGGCAGCGGGCUCUCCUCCUUCUCCAACUUAUCGGAGCUCUCCUUCAGUUCCAGCGUUUUUAAGACCUUCUUGCCUGAGAAGCUUCAGAUUGUGAAACCAAUGGAAGGCUCACUCACACUCCACCACUGGCAGCAGCUGGCCAAACCCCACCUGGCCACUAUUCUAGACCCUCAUCCUGGUGUUGUGACCAAAGGUUUCCGUCCCCUGGCUCAGGAUGCCGUUUACCGCCUUUCUGAUAUGGAGGAGGACGAGGAGGAGGAGGAGCGCAGAGCGGCUGGUGUCCAGGAGAAGGGGGCAGCCGAGCGGAGUAAGGAGGACGAGGAGGAGGAAGAGGAGGAAGGUGGGAUCACCUUCAAAGUGCGCUACUCGUCUACACCCGAGGAAAGAAAAGACAAAAAGCACUGUGUCACACCCCUCGCUGUUUCCCCUGUACUCCCCUCCCCCCUGCUGACAUCACCUGGGACACCUGCCACAUCCUCCUCAGUCAGGCCUGACCCCAGUGUGACCUCCACGGCGCUUCAUGUUACUGAGGCGUCCAGUCUGUCCUCUGUUCCUCAGACCUGCCCUCCAGCAUCUACCACAGCUUCCGCCUCUGUCAAAAAUCCAGUGAAGUGUCAAAGCUCCACCUUCUCCACCUACACCUUCACCACCUGCCGCAUCCUGCACCCCAGUGAUGUCACACAGGUCACCCCAAGUUGUCAGUCAUCCCUUUUGCCCAACACACCGAGCUCCAUGAGGACAGGACCCAGCACCCCUGUGACUCCAUGCAGACUGAGUCUGGGAGACUCCUUCCCACCACGACGUCCGCCCACAUGUGGCCUAGCUAAGCUGGUUCUGGAGAGAGGCAUUUCUGCACAAGUGUCCACCGACACCCCGCCUUCAUCCCCGAGACCCAGCUCCCAGCAGCCCCUCUUCUGCCUUCUCCCCAGCACACCCCCUAACUCCCCCUCUCACUCCCCUGCUCCCGCCGCAGUGCCCACCGACGCCCGGCAGCACUCGGCUGACAACUUCCUGGCCUCGCGGCCAGCAGAGCUUUUCCUCCAGGACGUUUAUGGGUUAAAUCUGGGUCGCGCCCCGCACCCAGAUUUACCAAGCCCCUCCCAGGAAACUCAUUCUCUAGUCCCGUCCUCCAAGUCGGCCCGGGCCAAGCCAGACUCAGCCAGCGUGGGCCUGGUGGAGAGGCUGCGGCAGCUGGGGUUCACCAAAGUGCUCCACUGUUCGGAGUCGGAGGCCUCGGCGCCGCGCCAGGAUUCAGCUACUUUUGUGUCAGCAGGCGGGGGGAGUCUGUUGGACGGGCUCAGGCGCAACCAGAGCCUUCCAGCUAUGAUUGGUGCCCGUGUGGGGAGGUCAGGGGUUAACCCCACUCCGCCUCCUCCUCACCCCACCUCCCUGGCCAUCCCUCCUCCACCAUGGGGGAACCUUAAGGAACGGCGCCGGCACCUUGCCUCCAUUUCCCAUUCCCCUUCAAGUUUAACCAAACACUGAAGAGGAGGGGACCAAAUCCCCAAAAUGUACCUUCCCCUUUACGCCUCCAUCAUCUCUCCUUCUUUAUUCGUCUGGAGAGAGGAUUCGGGGCAUCACUUGGUAGAACAAUCCCUCCUUUUUAAUCCCUUAAUUUAAAGCACAAUUUAACUUAACUGACUGUUUUUAGUGAAACCGCAGUGUCUGUGUAUAGAUGUUUGCCAACAUGCUACUUAGCUUGAAUGGGUUUAAUGGCUAUCAGUCGAGUAUGAAAUAGGUUUUUGCAGUUAUCCCGUGAGGCUCUGGAUGUUCAGGCACAGGAAGAAAAACACGUAAGUGGUUGAAGGUUUGUGGAAGUGAAAAUGUAGGGUAAGACAGGGAGAGUGUGACAUCUGUAUGUCAGCAGAGAGAAGAGCAUCAAAGAAAGUGAGGAGGCGAGGGCUGAGCAUCCAGAGUCUGUUUAAUCUUAAGGGCUUGUCCUGUAGCUUCUGGUUGUGACGAAACAAGCUUGUGCCAUCCAGCCGUGCCCACACUACGGUUUGUGGUUAUAGAACAUCUGCCUCAUCACAUCAAACCCUUUACAGCCCCUUCAACUUCCUUUUAUUACUUGAGGCUAAGAAUUGAAGUGCUAGCUGGUGUAACAGUGUGCUGUCAGCCGACAUGCCCGUAUUCUGUGUAAUGACUUUACUGACUGUCCAUGCGCCAUUCCCUUUCUCCCAACACUUACAUGCAAACAUGCCAAACGCAUCAAAAGCAAUCUUGCCUACAGGUUCCAGCAUGCACCUGUCAGCAGAUGGAGGGCCGUCUGAACCAGGUCAGACGCAAGGAAAAAGAAGGGUUAUUCUUUUUCUUCAGGUCUGUGUGUGUGUGUGUGUGUAUGCGUGUGUGUGUGUGUCUCUCUCAAAUGGUUUGUGGCCUUAAGUGGAAUUCUGAGUUGUGUUCCUGCUAAGCCAUGAUAGUACAUGUUAAGUUUGUGUUGAUUGAAGGAUCACCGCUGGGUCAUAAAGCUCAUUCACUAUGGUUCACUGGCUACUGUUCUGGGCGUCACGGUACACCAAAAAGGUUUAGAGUUUCAAACCUGGGUGUUUUCUGGGUAAUCAGGUUUCCUCUCACGCUCACGACAUGGGGCAUUCAGGGUCAGUCUGUUUGGAGGGGAAACGGACACAGUGUCACAGCUUUACUGUGUUGGUUUCUUUGUUUCUGAUGCAUCUCAGGGUUACCCAAAGGUAACAGCAGACUAUUGCUAUAGACUAAAGUUCAUUCUGCUUAACAAUGCUUAAUGUUUAGCUAUAUUAGAGCUGACCUUUGACCUCUCUGAUCCCUCUACCUACUGUACAUCCCUCCUUUUUGUCAAUCCCCACUCAGUUACUGCACUUUUACUUUUUUUAAUGUGUUCUACUGACAAGACUGUUUGAAGUAUAUAUAGAUUCUAACAUAUUAACAAGAUAAUUUAGGAUAAGGUGUGACUGUAUUAAUGUUGGAUAACUUUUUUUUCCAUGUCUAAAGGAGGCCAACAGAAGGGAAUCAAAUUAAACCAAAAGUGUUAUUGUUAUUUUGAAGAAAUCCAUAAUUGUGUAUGUGUGAUGCUUUUUUUGUGAAUUAGCAGGAAAACAAGUCAUAGUUUUCAUAUUUUUAGAUCAGUGGUCAUUUAUCAUCUUUUCCAACAAAGCAGAAGGUUCAACCGAAAUAUAAAAUGUCUCUCCUGGAGAAUUACUCAUGGAUGUUAUUCAUUUCCUCUUUUUUUUAUAAAAUAAAAUAAAGGUAUGAUAACAAAGCAUGACUCAUAAGUCAUAAGUGGA